AUGUUCAUGACCGACAUUGGCUGCUUGGUGACUCCCGCGUCUUCAGGGCUGGUGUGUACUCAUUGUGACCAUGUCCUCAGUGGUAAUGUGCCCCAACACCUGUUCAAAAAGCACCAUGUUCGGUGUAGUCAAGAAGACAUUGAUGCAGCCACGGCGCUCCUGCGCUCUGAGCAGCCCGAGGAGCCAACAGAGGAUGUUGCAACAGAGGCUGGGCCUCGAGCGCCUGUGGAAGGUAUCCCCAUUCUGGACGGCGUGAGUUGCCCCAUUUGUCAGGCAUGCUUCACGACGAAGAAUAGCCUGCACUUUCAUUUGCACAACAAACACGUUGGUGACCCCAAUAUCAAUCAGCCGCCUCGACGAGUCAAGCUGCAAAAGCCGCUGCGCGGUGCUGGAGCCCGCUGUGUCGAGGUCAUUGUCGAAGAAAGCCACGACGCCUCGGCAGCCGAUGUGAGCGAAAGCGAGGAGGAGCUGGAGGAGCAGCAGCGGUUCAAGCAGUUUAUCUCAAGCACCCAGGCCAUGGCCUCGGAGGCUGAGGAUAAGCGAUGCCCGCACGGCGUUCACCAGAUGCAUCCGUUUUACGAUAGCGUGGGCAUGACGCUGAUCAUCAACGAGCUGAAGCCAGAGCGCAUGCGAGCCGCGUUUUUUGCCGAGAAGCAGCUCUCCAUAUUGACCCGCGUGAGCAAGACCUACUGGCUGUCCCUGAACGAACAGCACACCUUUCGAUACAUGGACCAGGAAAUCAGCACGCUGAUAUUCAUGUAUUUGCUGCUGUGCAAGCCUCUGGAGCACAUGCUAAGCAGCUGGCUGCAAAAGCGGGGCAGCCUGAAAACCCCCGACGACGAGAAUGGCAUUCACAAUGCCGAGCAGGACGACGAAGAUUUCCUCGACGAUGAGCUGGAUGAAGACCACAUGAGCCACGACGAGACGAUGACAUUGCGACGCGAGGUCCGGGACGCUCGAAACCACUACAACAACAGCCACCUGCUCUUCAACAUUGCGCCCCUGCAGACGAUGGUCAGCCCAGCCACCAUUUAUGCGGCAUUUCGUCGACAGAUGACCACGUACCUGCAUCGGCCAAAGCUGGGGGUGGCCACAUGGCGACACGCCGCAACCUUCUGGAUGACGACGUUUGUGAUUAACCGACUGUCGGCCGAGACGACCGGCGCCCUGGGUAGCCUGAUUCACACUCAAGCUCAACACUCUGGGGACACAGCCCAGCGGGCCUAUGCACGCACAGCUAGUGACCAUGUGCAAACCAAAAUGUCGUCGCGACUGAUGCAUCAAGUGGCCUCGCAAAAAUGGCAUGCUUUGUUUGGACUAGAUCGCAAGCGCAGCAUAGCCGAGUUGACCGCGAACCAAGAAGCAUUGGAAGCUCGCUAUCCCAUCAGCUGGAACCCGGUGACUGACCUCUCGCCCGAGGCAAACGGGCGUAUCAUCAUGAACACGAGGGCAGAGCAUGACGUACCCUACAUGACCCAGCUGGCCAAGCAGGCGAGCAUCUCGUGGGGCCACAGUUUCAACAGCCAAGAACAGUUGGACCUGGCUGCGGCCAUUGACCAGCACCGGGCGGAAGAUGGAUGGCUGAUUGUUGUUGCACCGACAGGCAUGGGUAAAACAUUUUGUACCCUGCCCAAGCUGGGCUGUCGCCCGCAUGCUUGUACGGUGCUGUGGAUUGUGCCGUUUGUGGCCGUGGCCAACGAUUUGCUGCGGCGAUUUCAAGGCGCGGGUCACAGUGCCCAGCGAUGGCUUGGUCCCUCUACACAGGUGGCAGAUGGCCUGGACGUGCUCAUUGUUACGACCGACAUGUUUGUCCGCGUGGGAUCUGAGUCCCUGCACGGGAAGGUCUGCUUUCAGCGCAUCCGCACCGUGGUGAUGGACGAGGCGCACACACUCAUCUCGGAUGCCAGCUACCGAGAUGUGCUGAACGAAGUCGCAGCCAGUGUGGGUUCUGGCGGAUGGACCAACAUCAAACGCGUGGCAUUGACGGGCACACUUUGCAUCGGGGACCAGGAGCAUCUGUUUCGAAAGCUGGGUCAGCAAGUCGGGGGCAAGGUGUACCGUCUGGAGACGAUGCGUCGCGAUCUGCAGCUGCGUGUGCUUCAAGGAAACCAGCUAAACUUUUUGUCGCAUGUGCAAGCCAUCGUGGACACGCAGCGGGUGAUGCGUCAGGCGAAUGGGGAGCGUGUGCACAUGAUGGUCUUUUGUGACACCGUGAACGAGGUGAAACUGCUGUGCGACCAGCUGCACGCACGCGGCUACAUGGCCUUGCCCUACUACACCGACCUGGAGGAGAAGGCGCAAAAGGACCAUGUGGCACAGUGGCAACGGGGUGAAUGCGACGUCAUUGUGGCCACCAGCUGCCUCAGCACGGGUGUGGAUCUGCUCACCAUUCGCCACGUGAUGUGGUAUGGCAACGGCUACAACGUCUAUACGCUGGCCCAGGCAUUUGGUCGGGCUGGUCGCGAUAAACAGGGUGGAACUGCCGAGCUGUGGCUACCACAUCGCUACCAGCCCUGCUCCCUCAACAUCCAAGCGAACGGCAUCGGAUGUCACGUGCACAGCUGCUGCUUCUUCCACAACGGCUCAGGCAGCGGAGUCGCCUCUUCCCGCAGCAAAACGAGCAGCAUCGAGUGGCACGCGCACCACUACCGUUGCCGCUACUGCUACCACUCGCUCUGA